CCGCGGUGAAACCGGAAACAAGGCGGAACCUUAUCGCUGCUGGCCAAUCGGCGGAGAGGGGAGGUGGGAGUGGCAGCGGCGCCGCCCAAUCGGGGCUGAACGAUGGCGGCGGCGCUGCGGGCGGCGCUGUGUGUGGCGGGCGCGGCGCUGUCGGUGUACGCGCUGCAUGUGGAGCACGAGGCGGCCAGGGACCCGUCCUACCGAGCCGCCUGCGACCUGGGGCCCUCCGUGUCCUGCACGCGGGUGUUCUCCUCCCGGUGGGGGCGUGGCCUGGGGCUGGUGGAGCCGGUGCUGGGCGGGGACAGCGCCCUGAACGUCCCCAACGGCGCCAUCGGGCUGCUCUUCUACCUGCUGCAGGGGCUGCUGGGCGCCUCCCGGGGCCGCGUGGCCGCGGCGACGCUCCUGGCCAGCUCGGCGGUCUCGGCGCUGGCCUCGCUGUGGCUCGGGGCCGUUCUGCUCUUCGGCCUCAGGGACCUGUGCGUGGUCUGCCUCAGCACGUACGGGGUGAACCUGGCGCUGCUGGGGCUCAACCUGCGCCGCUGGAGAGGGCACAAGAGCAAAAGGCACUGAGAGCGACCCGAAACACGGGGAAAACGACCUGAAACCGAGUGAAAAACCACCCAAAACACACUGAGAGCGACCCGAAACACGGGGAAAUCCACCCAAAACACGGGAAAAAUGACCUGAAACCCACUGAAAACGACCCAAAACCCAGAGAAACCACCCAAAACCUGGGGAAAUCCACCCAAAACCGAGUGAAAACCACCCAAAACCCGGGGAAAUCCACCCAAAACCGAGUGAAAACCACCCAAAACGCACUGAGAGCGACCCAAAACACGGGGAAAACGACCCAAAACCCGGGGAAAACGACCCAAAACCCAGGAAAAACGACCCAAAACCCGGGAAAAACGACCCGAAACCCACUGAAAACCACCCAAAACACGGGAAAUCCACCCAAAACCCACUGAGAGGGACCUGAAACCCGGGGAAAACGACCCAAAACCCAGGGAAAACCACCUGAAACCCGGGUAAAUCCACCCGAAACACGGGGAAAACGACCCAAAACCCGGGAAAAAUGACCUGAAACACGGGAAAAAUGACCUGAAACCCGGGGAAAUCCACCCAAAACCGAGUGAAAACCACCCAAAACCCGGGGAAAUCCACCCAAAACCUGGGGAAAUCCACCCAAAACCUGGGGAAAUCCACCCGAAACCCAGGGAAAACCACCCAAAACCCGGGGAAAUCCACCCAAAACCUGGGGAAAUCCACCCGAAACCCAGGGAAAACCACCCAAAACCCGGGGAAAUCCACCCAAAACCUGGGGAAAUCCACCUGAAACCCACUGAGAGGGACCCGAAACACGGGAAAACCGACCCAAAACCCGGGGAAAACGACCCAAAAACCCACUGAAAUCAACCCGAAACCCGGGGAAAACAACCCAAAAUCUGGGGAAAACGACCCAAAACCCAGGGAAAUCCACCCAAAACGGAGUGAAAAUGACCCAAAACCAAGUGAAAAUGACCCAAAAUGGAGUGAAACCAACCUGAAACCCACGGAAAUCCACCCAAUAUGGGGUGAAAAUGACCCAAAAUUGAGUGAAGUCACCCAACAUGGCGUGAAGUCCACCCAAAAUUGAGAGAAAUCCACCCAAAACUGAGUGAAACUGACCCAAAAUGGAGUGAAAAUGACCCAAAACCGAGUGAAAUAUGCCCAAAACAGAGUGAGAAUUACACAAAAUGGACUGAAACUGACCCAAAACAGAGUGAAAAUGACCCAAAACGGAGUGAAAAUGACCCAAAAUGGAGUGAAACCCUCCUGAAGCUACCCAGAACUGAGAGAAACUGACCCAAAACUGAGUGAAAAUGACCCAAAAUGGAGUGAAAUUCACCCAAAACUGCCUGAAACCACUCAGAACUGAGUGAAACCCACCCAAAAUCGACUAAAAACAACCCAAAACUGAGUGAAGCUGACCCAAAAGCGAGUGAGAACAACCCAAAACCAAGAGAAAAUGACCCAAAAAUGAUUGAAAUCGACCUGAAAAGGAGAGAAACCACCCCAAACCCAAAAACCGACUGAAAUCCACCCAAAAACCGACUGAAAUCCACCCAAAACCGACUGAAAUCCACCCAAAACCGACUGAAAACGACCCAAAAUUUGGUGAAACCACCCAAAAUUGAGUGAAAAUGACAAAAAAAAUUAGUGGAAUCCACCCAAAAUUGAGAGAAACUGACCCAAAGCUGAGUGAAAACAACUAAAAUUGAGUGAAAUCCACCUGAAACCACCCAAAACUGAGUGAAAACACCCAAAAUUGAGUGAAAAUCACCCAAAACUGAGCAAAACCACCCAAUAUUGAGUGAAAAUUACCCAAAAGCAACUGAAGAUGACCCAAAACCGAGUGAAAUCCACCCAAAAUUUGGGUAUAGGGAGGUAAAGUUGCAGGAAAUGGAGGAGAAGUUACAUUAAAGUGUCUUAAAUGGAGAAAAAAUGGUAUUAAAGUGAUCAAAAGUGGCAUUAAAGUGACCAAAAAUGGCUUUAAAGUGACCAAAAGUGACACUGAAGUGCCUUAAAUGGGUAAAAAAUGGCUUUAAAGGGAGCAAAAGUGAAAUUAAAGUGUCUUAAAUGAGUCAAAAAUGGCAUUAAAAUAAUCAAAAAUGACAUUAAAGUGACCAAAUGUGAAA